CGGCGUGAGGUGACGGAAGCGGGGAGUCAGCCACCGCUGGGAGGAAAUACAUUUUCUCAUUUAAGGAGUCGGCGCUGUCUCGGUGCACCCCUCUCCGGGUGAUCGUUAUUCUAAAAAGCGCUGAAGUGGUCCGAGUAGCCCGGCUUUGGCACCAUGGUCUGCGGCGGCUUCUCCUGCUCCAGAAACGCGCUCUGCUCCCUCAACGUGGUUUAUAUAAAGGUGGGCCUAGUGCUUAUCAGUGUGGCCGCCUGGGGAAAGGGCUUCGGCAUCGUGUCCAGCAUCCACAUCAUCGGUGGCGUGAUCGCCGUGGGCGUCUUCCUGCUCCUUAUCGCCAUCGUCGGCCUCAUCGGAGCACUCAAGCACCACCAAGUUCUGCUCUUCUUUUACAUGGUCAUCCUCUUUUUCGUCUUCCUCUUCCAGCUGGGUGUGUCCUGCUCCUGUUUGGCUAUGAACCGUGAGCAGCAGGAGAAGCUGCUUAACUCCUCCUGGGAAAUGAUGAGCAGCAUGACCCGGGGGGACCUGGAGCACCAGCUGGACUGCUGUGGCCUUCUAAACGCCUCGCUCAGCCAACCGGAGUUUGACAGCGACUACCAGCGCUGCACUGCUCCUUGCAAACUCGGGGACCACUGCCAUCCAUGUGGUGACUUGAUGCUCCAGCAUGCCACGGAGGCCCUGAAGAUCCUGGGCGGCAUCGGCCUCUUCUUCAGCUUCAUGGAGAUCUUGGGGGUGUGGUUGGCAGCUCGCUACAGGAAUCAGAAGGACCCCACAGCUAACCCAAGUGCUUUUCUGUAGACCCUCAGCCAUUCGUUUGCUUUCAGAUCAGAGAACACGCACAGCCCCAAUCCCAGGAGUGCCAUUAACUUUCUCACCUCCCGUCCUUUGCAAACCACUGACUGGACUAACGGGGCAUCUGCCCAUCCUGCUCUUGCGCUCCAUGAGCAGGUCCAGAGAAGCUCGCCCCAGCCAGGCUAUAAUGACCACCUACUAGGGCAUCCUCCACGUGACUCGCUCUCUGUGACUCGCUCUGUCAGUUCUGUCCUGUAAAACGCCAUGCUCUUUCUGUCUGUCAGUUUCCGGUAUACGUUGCAAGCGAUGUGGGGGCCCUGAUUUAAUGUGGCCUGCAUGCUGGCUUCUGAGUGGAUGUGACCCAUAGCAUUUCUAGUAAGACGUCAGUAUGGUGGCUACCAAAACCUGCCAGUCUGAUUAAUGCUGAUUCUAGAGCAGCAGAUUAACAGCAUAUCAGUUGACUCUAGAUCGUCUAGAUAGCUUGGUUUCCCAAAUCCCAGGCGACCAGCAGCUCUGCCUUUUUUUAUUUUUUUUAUUUUUUUACCUUUGCACAUGUCUGCCACUGGAGGGCGCUAUGGGCUUAUCCCAUCGCUGCUGCUGAUCAUGCACUGAAUUUUCCAGCAGGAAUAAAGAACUUUUUUUUUUUUUUUUUUUUCCUGUGACCCCGUGGUUCCCCCCAAUUUACAAAUAUCUUCAAUGUUUGACUCAUUUCCAUUUGUGUUUUGUUUUACGCUGUUUAACCGACGCCCUAAUUAUGUGCGAUAGCCUGCGCCUCGGCGAUCGCUCCUGCUCUGCUCCUCCAUACCGCCUGCAGGAGCUCUGAUAAGGCUGAAGCACUAAAGUUCCUCCUCCCAGGCCUCCUCUGGUCCUCCUCCAGGUCUCCCCCAUCUUCAGUGGGAGGCAGCAGCUGAACUUGAGUCCGGUACUUGCUUUUUUUGAAGUUGUCCCCCCCCCCCGAGGAGAUGAACUCACCCUAUGCUGUCAGAAGAGCCCCUUUGAUGCUGUGUGAGGUUCCGAAUCACAGGGCUGAGUGUCAUUUUUCACAUGGUCACAGUAAGGCCAGCUGAAAGCUGGGAGCAGAACUAAGUGCGACUAUGAACUGGACCAGGUGCUGGAGACUUUGAUGCGUGUGUGUGUGCGUGUGUGUGUGUGUGUGUGUGUGUGUGUGUGCGCACCCGCAUGCUCCUGUGCGUUUCUCCGACUCUCCUUGGCGUUUGUCUUAUUUUUUUGUGCUGGUUAUCUUUUCAGAUGAUGUGACUGGCGGUUUUGUUGAUGCACCUUGGUGUUCCUUGAGAAGCUGUACUAUUUACUGUGUCUGUGGAAAGCAUUUUUGUUUUCGUGGGGGGGGCCUGAGGAUGACCUCGCCCUCCUUCAGGUGAUACCUGGGGGCAACGGCUUUGACGUGAAGAGCCUUGAGUGACUUGUGCUCCAACCCUGGGCCGUUUCUGCCUCAUGGGCUCCUCCUCAUCCCUGUUUAGGAUAUUUUUCUCUCUCACUAACCCUUUACUGUAACCCCCCCCCCCCCCCCCCCCCCCCAAGUUGCAUUUUGAAAAUGGUUUUUCCAAAUAAAGACAAGACUGCCUA